AUGGCUGGGAUUUAUCAAGCAGUGUAUAGAAGAGCUUCCUCUCUCAUCUGCAGGUUACACUCCACCUAUGUUAGAAAAAUGAGAUACUUAAAUGAGCUAAAGGAAGAUGACAGCCUUUGUAGACAAGCUCUGACCUCAGGAACUUUCUACCUCUUUCACAGUCUCUCCCCCUUCCUGCAAAAAGUUGAAGAGAAAUAUCUGGUACCACAGCUCAGUGCAGCAGAGACAAAAAGGAUCCUGGAGAAAUUGAAAGAGACGGAACACUGGAUAGAGAAGUCGGUGCUGAUCGGCUGUUCAGAUGAGCACGUACCACACUUUGCCCUGGAUUUAGGAGCCUUGGAGAAAUCAGUCGUUGAGUCUGAACUCAGGGGAUCGUUUACUGACCUACGAAAGGCUUUAUUCGUAGUGGAUGAGAAGGAUUCUCCUUUGCUGGCUUCGGCCCAGUCCCUUCUCCGGUGGCAUGAUUCCCACCAGUACUGUAGCAAAACUGGGCAGCCCACUCAGAAAAACCUAUCUGGCAGCAAGCGUGUCUGCGAAGCCAGUGGAAUAACUUACUACCCACAGACGUCUCCGGUGGUUAUCACCCUGGUGUCUGACGGGAGCCGGUGCUUGCUUGCACGACAGCCCUUAUUUCCCCCGGGGAUGUACAGCGCUCUGUCCGGCUUCUGUGACAUGGGUGAAAACGUGGAGGAGACAGUUCGGAGAGAGGUGGCAGAAGAGGUGGGCCUGGAGGUGGAGUCAGUCCGGUACUCGGCUUCGCAGCAUUGGCCCUUUCCCAGCAGCUCCUUAAUGAUAGCUUGUCACGCCUUGGUGAGAGCACAGCAGGCUGAGAUCAGGAUGGACAGCCUGGAGCUAGAGGAAGCCCGUUGGUUUGGCCUAGAGGAAGUUGUGGAGGGUCUCAAGAGAAACCCCGUAUCUUCGAAGCAAGACAGUUCUUUACCCUGGUUCCCCCCCAAACAGGCCAUUGCUCACCAGCUCAUUUGUGAGUGGGUUAAGCAGCAGUCUUCCCAGCCGGUUUAG